AGGAGCCAAGCCUAUUGUGGGCAAAGCUUCCAUUCAUUUCCGAGUCUUCGUUCGACCCUGCAUCCUAAACAGCAUUAAUUGUCUUGUCUAGAAUCAAGGAUGUCCAAGGGAGUCUUCCAGCCAGUCGGCCAGAAGCGGCUGACAAACAUCGCGGUGGUGCGGCUAAAGAAGAAUGGAGAGCGGUUCGAGAUUGCGUGUUAUAAAAAUAAAGUGGGCGACUGGCGCAGCGGCAUUGAGAAGGACCUGGAUGAGGUCCUUCAGACCACCACCAUUUUCCACAACGUGGGCAAGGGCGUGGUGGCCAAGGACAAGGAGCUGCAGGCAGCAUUCGGCACCACGGACCAGCACGCCAUCUGCCUGGAAAUCCUGGCAAAGGGAGAGCUGCAGGUCGGGGAGCGCGAGCGAAAACAGGAGUAUGAACACCUUUUUAAAGAUGUCGCAGGCGUGUUAGUAGAAAAAUGCGUGAAUCCAAACACCAACCGGCCGUACACGCUGUCAAUGCUGGAGCGCGCUCUGCGGGACAUCCACUUCAACCUGGAUCCAAAGAAGUCUGCCAAGCAGCAGGCGCUGGAGGCGCUGCCGCUGCUGCAGAAGGAGUUCCCCAUCGAGCGUGCGCGCAUGCGGCUGCGGCUGACGGUGCCGGUGGAGGCGCAGCAGGAGCUGGAGCAGCUGCUGCAGCGCGAGGCGGCGGACGUGGCUGGGCUUGACGUGGCGGCGGGCGGCAUGUGUGUGGUGGUGGCGCAGGUGGAGCCGGGCGUGUUCCGGGACCUCAACAACUUCAUGCAGACCACGGCGCGCGGUGCGGGGCGGCUGGAGGUGCUGAGCCUGGCGGUGAUGGCGGAGGGCGCCACGGCCGACGAGUUCGCAAACAUGGGCGCGGCGGCCACGCGGCCGGUGGCGGCGGCGCAGCCGGAGGCCAGCUCGUCAGGCCAUGUGGAGCACCGGCCAGUGGGUGUUGGGCGGGUGGGCGAGCGGCCCACCGUGGCGGCGCCCAGCGGCGGUGGCAGUGGCGGCGCGGUGGUGUACGCGCGAGGGCCGGUCAGCGGGUUACCCGAGGAGCACGCCAGCCGGCGGGAGCGCUUUGCGGAGCUGGACACGCUGCAGCCCGGCUGGACUGUGGAGCUGCGCACCAAGGGCGACACGGUGGAGGCGGUGUUCUUCCACCCCAGCGGCGAGCGCGUGGGCGCAUUCGCCAACGCACGCCGCAUGGCGCUGCAGGCCAGCAAGGCGGCGGCAUGAGGCGGAGAGGGCUGCUGAGUUGGGGCCGACACUUUGAGAGGAGCGGGUGGGGGCGUUAUUGAAGGAGUGGGCGAAGUGGCUGGACUUGUUAGGGGCUGGCAGGCAUGAAUAUUACUGAUGAUUGCAGGAGUCUCAGGUGCAAGUGGAUGAGAGUGAAUGCAGAGUGUGGAGGAGAAGUCGUGAGGAGAAGUAGAGGUUGGAGGUGCGACGUGACACGGUUGCCGCUGUGUUGGGGGCAGGACGCGGGCGGGCGUAGGCUCGGUCUGCGUGGACAUGUGGUUGGUGAGGCAUGGCUUACCGCUGUUUGAGCGUAUCCUGGCAACCUUGUGGGGGUUGUUUGCGGGAGGCGCGGAAGACCUGAAUGAUGUGCACCGGCGGACUCACGGCGCAUUGUAACUGGCCGCUUGUGCUAGCAAUGGCAGCAUGGGCCGGUGACUUAUGUGCGCCGAGUGCGCCCAUGUAAUCAUUAUGAUGA